AUGAUCAUACAGAACUUCUACGAUGUUGCGGACAGAUCGCUCAUCCCACUGAUCAUCGACAAUUUCCCGGCGGCGACAUCAAAACUGGAGCUCACCUUUGAUGACAUCCUCCGUAUCGCAAAGCACCCCAACUUCGUGGGCGUCAACUUCAAGUACGACAACCUGAAGAAUCUCGCGCGGGAGGCUUAUGGUUUAUUUCCCAUGGGCCUCUUUGUGGCCGGCGGCAACACCAACUCCAUCCGCCAGUGUCAAGUCCUCGGGGCGAAUGGAACGAUCGCGGGGCUCACCAACUUCGCAACGUAUGCGUGCGUGCGCGUCAGGGAGCUCUCCGAUCAAGUCGAGCUCCGUGAGGCGGAGCAUAUGCAGGCAGUCAUUGCGAGAGGGAACUCAGUCGUCACUGGACUAGGGCUCGUGGGUAUGAAGGUGGCGGUCAAAUUUUGGAACGACUACGGAGGCGCGCCGCGGAAGCCCUGCUACCUGCCGCCACUUAUUGAGGUCGUCAAAGUUUCAUAA